CGUUAACAAGUGCCAUAGUCAUGAAGUAAUGUGGUUUAAAUACCUGGAUAUUCCAUUAUCUCUGUUUGUAAAUACUGUAACUUUUGAGUGAAGACGUUUAAUUAAAGUUUAAUAAAAAAUAAUGAUUUCCAAAUGUAGCGUCUACUAGUCUAUUUAUUUCUACUGUGAACAAUCUGAUUGUGAUUACAGGAGCUCAAAGAAGAUAUAACCUCAAAAUCACUGACAAUGGUGCAUAACUUUAAUUUUAUUCAAACAAAACAAGAGAAAAUAUCAUGAAGAAUUUAACAACAAAGCAAUUGCAAAGAAUAGAAAACAAGAAAAAGAAGAUGGCAGCUCUUUUGGAAAUUACUAAAUUAAACGAUAAGGAUAGAGAAGCAAAAAUACUUGCUCUGAAAAAAACUUCUGAGGAAGGAGAUCAAACCAACGACGGGGAUGGUAACGAAAUUUCUAUGGACGACAUCUCGACGCGUAAAAGACCUUGUUGCGAGGAUCCGAAAGAUUCUUAUUCGGAAAAUUCUCUUAAAAAGGAAGAUACAAUAAUUAAUGAAGAAUCGAAUCCACUAGCUAAUAAAAAACCUAGACUAAGUGGCGAUGAGUAUCUGGAAUUGAAACAAAAAUUAAAGGAACGCAAAAAAAAACUUAGAGCGAUACCUCGCUUACACUUAAAAGCAGUUGGCGAAAAUGCUAGUUUAAGUUUUAAUUUUAAAGACAAUGAUAGAAUUCCUAUUUUCCUAAGCGACGUACAACAUUUAUUAUUGUUCUCUCUACAUGGCCAUCACUCACCUUACAUGCCAACAAGAUGGUGUCAUCUUGAAAAGUACAACAAGGUCGCACACACUGUGGUUCUUGUUGUCGAAGGGCUGUCUCUUUAUCAUUUUAUGGCUUAUGAGAGUAUAUUUUCACAUAUAACAUCGAAAUUGGAACAUCGCGUUGAAGUAGUAACACCCGCCGCAUAUGGGGGAUCGGUAAUUGAAGAUCUGGCUGCUGUUCCUAUAACUGGUAUACAUAGGGACAGAUUGAUUAAACAAUAUGGAUCGUUAGAGGCUGCUUUACAAAGUACAGGGGAUGUAAUCAAAUUAUUAAGAACUGUUUUUCCAAUGCAAUACACUAAUUCAAAUAAUGGGUCUGAUAAAAAAUCAUCGGAACUACCCCAUACCGAUAAAUUUCCUCGAACGCAAUUACUUUUAUCUUUAUGUCAAAUGGUAGAAGAAAAUUAUCCAAUACCACUAAAGGGCGAAUUAGCGAAAAAAUACGAAAAUUAUAUAAUGACAAAGGAUGAAUACGUGGAAGCUACGGCAAAAUCACCAAUGUUCGGUUUAGACUGUGAAAUGUGUAGAACAACAACCGGAGAAUUGGAACUGACGAGAAUAUCACUCGUUGAUGAAAGCAUGAAUAUUAUUUACGAUAGUCUGGUAAAACCAGAACGUCCUAUUAUCGAUUAUCUCACUCGAUUCAGCGGUAUUACAAAAGAAAUGUUGGAUGACGUAACAAUUACGUUAGAUGAUGUUCAACAAGCUUUACGAAAACUACUUCCUGCUGAUGCUAUUCUUGUGGGGCAAAGUUUAAACUUUGAUUUACAUACCUUGAAAAUGAUGCAUCCGUAUAUUAUUGAUACAUCUGUAAUCUUUAAUAUUACCGGUGACAGGUACAGGAAAACAAAAUUACAAACUUUAGUCAGAGAAUUUCUCGGUGAGAGAAUACAGGAAGAUAAAGGUGGGCAUUGUUCAACUGAAGAUUCAAAGGCUUCUAUGAAGUUAACGCAAUUAAAAUUAGCAAAUAGCGUAUAUUAUGGUGAUUCUGUGUUACUUGGUCGAUGCGAUAUAGAAGUUUUAAAAUCGGAAGUAGAAGACCAUAACAAUUCAAAAAAUACGUUGAAAUCAGAAAUGCGAAAAUAUGCUACUUCGCUUUUCAAACAUGUAACAAAAGACCAGAAAACAGCAGCAGUUGUGGGUAACGAAGAUGUCAUGAACGAAUACGCUAAGUAUUUGACUUCUUCUAUUAACAUCAUGGACGACGAUAAUUUUGAUAAAAAUGAUCAAGUGCGACUUGUUGUUGCCGAAAGUAAUAAACAGGCCAUAAAACGAGCUUCUGAGAUAGCAAUGGAACACGCAUUUACCUUAUGUCACAUCAGGUUAGAAGAAGAGAAAUUAAAAAAUGACCACGCAGAAGUAACAUUUCGAACGGUAAAUAAAUGGGUACAUAAACUAUGGCAACAUAUGGCAGUGAACGGUUUAGCGUGCAUUAUAUUCACGGGAGAAAAUGCAGCAAGUGGUGCCUGUUUUUUUAAUUUGAAAAGAGAAGUACCUGAAGAUUGUAUAAUACGUGCUUAAAACGGUAGAAUCAAUUUGUACAUUGUAUUUGAAAGAAAAUCAUUAAAGAUCAACGAUUCUAAUAUUAUAUUGUCAUUACACUGUCAUGUAACGACUAAUUCCCAUUUCGAUAAUCAUUUGCUAAAAAUGUACAAAUAUUGUUAAUAAACUUUUUUACUAUGUGCAA